AUGGCUCACUCUUCUUCUUCUUCUACCAAACUGACCCUGAAAUUGCUUAUCGACACCAAGAGAGAGAAAGUCUUAUUCGCUGAAACAUCAAAAGAGGUCAUAGACUUCCUCUUUAACUUGCUUUGCUUGCCUCUGGGCACUGUCAUAAGGCUUCUCAACAAAACUGGUAUGGUUGGUUGCUUGGCCAAUCUCUAUCGAAGUGUUGAAAAUAUGAGUGACACUUAUAUGCAACAAAAGGAUGUCCUCUUGAAGCCAAAUGUUCCUUUUUCUUCACCACAAGUCGCUAACCUUCUCCCUCCCAUUGAUUUCUCUCCCAAUGAUUGCUCUGAUGGUGACGACUUGGACGCUUCAUUCUAUAUGUGUCCUAUGCGCUGUGGUUACAAUGUCACAUGCGAUAACACUACUCUUUGUCCGAGUUGCAGGAGUAGUAUGAACAGUAAAAUAAAAUAUGUUGGCAAAAAGAUUGUAAAAGAUGUUUUCCCCAACAAGAAUGGAUUUGUGCAAGGAGUUGUGACUUACAUGGUGAUGGACGAUUUAAUGAUUGAACCCAUGUCAACCAUAUCAGGCAUUACAUUACUCAACAAGUUCAAUAUCAAAGAAGUUGGUGCCUUGCAAGAAAAGGUGGUUGAGUUGGGAUUGACCCAGGGUGUUAAUCUGCUCAAAGCUUCUUUGGACUCUAAAGCUGUUCUCACCAGCGUUUUUCUCAAAAACAAUGUUUGA